AGCCAGAGCAUAGCGGAGCGCGCGGGUGGGUGGGUGCUCGGACGUGGCUGGCCGGGACUUUGCCCCUGGGGAGACACUCCUGGUCCGGGCGCAGCUCGCUCAUGGCUCCCAGGGCAGCAGCGCCGGGAAGCGCCCGGCCUCGGCCCCAGCUGGACCGGCAGUUUCUCCAGCGUUUUCUGAAGAUCCAAGAAAUUUUAUUUCCUGCAUGCUGCUCCAAGAAUGUACUGAUGUUCCUAACCUUGCUCAUGGUUGCUCUGUUGGAGCAGCUGGUCAUUUACCAGGUGGGAUUGAUUCCCAGCCAGUAUUACGGAGUUCUGGGGAACAAAGACUUCCAUGGAUUCCAGCAAGUGACAGCAGUUGCACUGAUUCUUAUUCUACUGAACUCUAUGCUGAAGAGCUUUGACCAGUUCAUCCGCAACCUGAUGUAUGUGAGCUGGAGGAAGACUCUCACAGAAUACCUCCAUGGCUACUACUUUCAGGGCCAGGUGUAUUAUACCUUGAAUAUUCUGCAUGAGGAAAUCGAUAAUCCAGAUCAAAGAAUCAGCCAGGAUGUGGAGAGGUUCUGCAAGCAGCUGAGCUCCAUGGCCAGUAAGCUCAUCAUCUCUCCCUUCACGCUUGCUUACUACACCUAUCAGUGCUUUUACAGCACUGGCUGGAUGGGCCCAGUGAGUAUUUUUGGAUAUUUUAUCAUGGGCACAAUUGUUAACAAGAUCCUAAUGAGCCCCAUUGUUUCAAAGCUGGUGCAGCAGGAGAAGCUGGAAGGUGAUUUCAGGUUUAAGCAUAUGCAGCUACGGGUGAAUGCCGAAUCUGCUGCUUUUUACAGAGCUGGGGAAGUUGAGCACAUGCGAACCAACCGCAGGCUGCAAACCCUCCUGCAGACCCAGAGGGAGCUGAUAGGCAAGGAGCUGUGGUUGUACAUUGGAAUCAACACUUUUGACUAUCUGGGCAGUAUCCUGAGUUAUGUGGUGAUUGCCAUUCCCAUUUUCAAUGGAGUUUACGCUGAUCUGGAUCCAGCAGGACUGAGCUCUUUGGUUAGCAAGAAUGCCUUUGUCUCUCUUUACCUCAUUGGCUGCUUUAGCCAGCUCAUUGACCUCUCCACCACUGUGUCUGACGUAGCUGGCUAUACACACAGAAUUGGGGAGUUGCUGGAGAUGCUGCUGAAACUUUCCAGGAAGCAAAAUGACUGUGACUCGCCAGGCAAAUGGGAAUUCAACAGCGUUUCCAAAGAGGAGGUGGUCUCAAGCGACACAGCUUUCCUCCUGGAGAAAAUCUCUCUCUCUGCUCCCUCUGAGAAGCUGCUCAUUAAGGAUCUAAACCUGAGAGUCACGCAGGGGAACAAUCUACUGAUCACCGGGAACACAGGGACAGGGAAGACAUCUUUGCUGCGUGUCCUCGGUGGCCUUUGGGAGAGCAAGCAGGGGGACGUCCACAUGCUGACUUGCUUUGGCCCCCAUGGGGUGGUUAUCCUGCCACAGCGGCCAUUCUUCACAGAUGGGACCCUGCGGGAACAGGUGAUAUAUCCUCUGAAGGAAAUCUAUCCAGUUUCGGGGUCUUCGGAUGAUGAAAGGAUUCUGAGAUUCCUGGAGCUGACUGGGUUGUCUGAUUUGCUACCAAGGACAGGUGGUUUGGACCAGCCAGUGGACUGGAACUGGUAUGAUAUUCUGUCUCCAGGGGAGAUGCAGAGGCUCUCCUUUGCCCGACUUUUCUAUCUCCAGCCUCAGUAUGCAGUGCUGGAUGAAGCUACCAGCGCACUCACAGAGGAUGCAGAGGAUGAGCUGUACAGGAUCUGUGCACACCUGGAAAUGACUCUGGUCAGCGUGGGACAUCGCAAGAGCCUGGAAAAGUUUCACAGUUGGCGUCUGAACUUGUAUGGAGAAGGUAAAUGGGAGCUCAGCAGAAUAAAGAAAGACCGAGCCACUCCCUGACUUGUCAUGGACAACAGCAAAAAAGAAUGCAACUAAGGCCUCAGCUGGGUCACAUACCAAAGUGCCUUGAAAUGAACACACCUUUUACAGGAAGCAUGGAUCUGAAAUAUUUCAGGACUUCAAAGCCAGCAGGUGCAUUAAGGCUUCUUUGACCCAAAGGUCUCCAGCUUAUACUAUGAAAGAGCA